AUGUCUCACAAACCGUGGGGUCAAGACAGUUCUUGUGUUCCAAAAACCAACCUCAUGUUCAUGAAGACCCACAAGACAGCCAGCAGCACCCUACUCAACAUCCUGUUCCGCUUUGGAGACAAGCACCACCUGAAGUUUGCCCUCCCGGAUGGACGCAAUGACUUCUUCUACCCAUCAUUUUUUCUCCGCUCAUAUGUUCGAGACUACAGUCCAGGCACCUGCUUUAAUGUGGUGGCCAACCACAUGCGCUUUAACAGAUUGGAGUUGGAACAGCUGCUGCCUCCUGAUGCUGCCUUCUUCACCAUCCUGCGAGACCCGUCUGAAGUCUUUGAGUCGGCUUUCCACUACUAUCACCAUGUGGUGCCGUUCACCUGGUUCAUCCCAGGGGAAGACAAACUGAGGGCAUUUUUGGAGGACCCGGCACGGUACUACACCUCUGAUGGGUUUAACUCAUUCUACCUCAAGAACCUGCUGAUAUUUGACUUUGGAUAUGACAAUACUCUGGAGGCAAAUGACCCGGGUGUGACCCGGGCAAUCCAUGAGGUGUCUGAGCGUUUCCAGCUGGUUUUGCUGGCUGAGCACUUUGAGGAGUCCCUCAUCCUGCUGAAGGACGCCCUCUGCUGGGAGAUGGAGGACCUGCUGUUUCUCAAGCUCAAUGUUCGGAAGGGCUCCUCUGUGUCCCGGCUCAGCCCUGCACUGAGGGCCAAAGCCCUACAAUGGAACAGUGCUGACUGGAGGCUCUACCGCCACUUUAACUACUCUUUCUGGGCAAAGGUGGAAGUGUAUGGUCGCCAGCGUAUGGAAAUACAGGUGGAGGAGCUGAGGAGGAGGAACGCAGAGAUGAGGGCCAUCUGUGUGGAGGGUGGAGCUGCUGUGGAAUCCACUGGAAUCAAGAAUACAGAGUUGGCACCAUGGCAACCCAUGGGGGAGAAAUCCAUUAUGGGAUACAAUCUGAAGAAGGACAUUGAAUCUCAGCAUGCUGAGCUCUGCCGUAAGAUGCUCACCCCAGAGAUCCAGUACUUGACAGAGCUCGGGGUAAACCUCUGGCUCACAAGGCUAUGGGGCUGGCUGAAGGACAGUGUCUUCUGGCUGACAUAAUCAAUACAUGAGCUGUUCAAAUGCUGUUCAAGUGUUAUAUACUGGAUUUAAAACUCUUUAGCUGUUAAAUUGUUAUAUACUGGAUUUUUAAAAUACUUUAGUAUUAUAAUCUGUAGACUCAUCAGACUAUGACAUUCAUGUUCUGUUCUUAGUGUUUUUGUUUUGGUCUCUUGAGUAGAAUGCAGUGUUCAUGUUAAAGUGCAGUGAUACUGUGCUGACUGAGGGCAAGACAGAUGGCAGAGCUGUCUUUGAAUGGCUUUGAGGAUGUCAGUGAGCCAAAUGAGUAGAAAAAGGUUUUCUACACUUUUGAUAAUCCAAAGGUUUCAUUCUGUAUGAGUCACCAUGGCAACCCUCAUCCAUGUGUCUCAGCAACUGCCCUUCUUGCAUUAGCAGCCCACACCCAAUGUAUUAUUACAGUUAUCUCUGCCUGACCAUAGUAACUUAACUUUGCAAUUGCUAGCAACUAUCUUAUCUAUAUCUGAGAAUUUAACUCAGCUUUUUUUUUAAGUGAAAGUGCAGCUUUAAACUUAUGAUCACUAUCUGACAGUGGUGUUUACUCAUGAUAUUGCAUUGUUUUUGUAUUACAAAUGAUCAUAUUUAGUAUUACUAACAGAUAUGCUAGGACAACUUUACAAAACUCCAUUUAAUAUAAAUGUGAGGAAUGAAUAUUACAAUGUGAAGUAAAAUCUAUUAUUUGAAAGAAUUUAGGUCCCUUGAGACCUAUUUCAUUUGGUGGUAUCCUUAUCAUUUCAGGUAACCAGGAAUUCGGGUCACAUUAUUAUUUUCUCUUUUGAAUUCAGUUACUCUUUUGUAUUGAGUAUUUCUAUAGGAGAUCCUAAGCUGUUAAAGAUUGUCAGUGAAACAUUUUACUAAGUACAUCUUAGUAAUUAAGUAGCUGGUUUGCUGUCUUGCUCUGAUGUUUAGUUUUGUUGAAAUAUUUGUGUUGUAUGCAUACUUUGGAUAUGGAUAAUUGUUUUGCAUAUGCUGAAAUCUGACAAAAAUAUUGAAUGUACUUUCUAUAAACUAAUGUUAUUGAUCAUUUAUUUGACUUAAGUGUCUUAGUCCACAUUGCAAAUAAUAAAAAACAGCAACAGUUUGUUGUCAGCUGUUCUAUAAAACAAAGCCUGAAUAAAGACUCAAGCCAUGGAUAAAUAACAAA